CUUUACUCAUAUUCCCUCUUCCUAACACCAAGACAAAACCCUCUUCCAUUCUCUCUAUUUUCUUUCUUUUAUAUAUUACUCCCAAAGUUGUAUCCUCCAUUAACUCUCAUCAUUUCUACAUCCAUUCAUCAAUUUUGCACAUUUGGAACAACCCAUAAAAGGUGGAAUAUUGCAAAUGGAAAGAGCAUUAGAGAAUGAAGGGAGUAUAUUGUUGACAAUUUCCAAAAUUACAAAGUUGAUUUAUACAUAGACAAAGGCCCACAAAAGAAGAGAAAAAAUGUAUGAAAAUCAGACAGAAGAAGAUGUUUGUUUUGAUCCCAACAACAUUCCUGAACAACCUGAAGCACCUCCAAUUUCUACUGUUAAUGGAAAUGGUCCUUCAAAUCAUAAUAAUGGGUUUUCUUCCCAUGAUACAAACCCACAAAGUCACAUGAAUAACCACCAUUACCAACAACCUCAAGAAUCUGAUGCCUCAGUUGAAUUUCAAAACCCUAAUAAUUUGAUCAAUACAAAUUCAUGGGUUAAUCCUACAAAUUUGAACCAUAUGACCCAAAAUCAAGAUAUGGGUUAUACCCAUUUUGAUGAAAAUUUGCAACCCACAACAGAUCUUCUAACACUUCUUCAUCUACCAAGAUGUUCAUUUGCAUCUUCAUCUCUUCCACAAACUCAAUCUCUUUCUUUUGAGAAGCCAUCUUCUUCGCCGCCGCCGGGUUCUGCACUUGGCUUUCUAGGAGAGCUUAACCCGGGUAUGAUGGUGGAUAAUCCAUCUGAAAAUGGAUCAUCAACCAUAUUUUAUGACCCAACAAAUGUAGCUGGUUUAUCGUAUGACCCUUUGUUUCAUCUUAACUUGCCACCUCAACCUUCCCCUUCUUUAAGGGACCUUAUGUUUGUUCCUCAUGGGUAUAGGAAUGGAAGAGGAAAUGAUGGGAAUGGAAAUGGGAGUGGGAAUGGGAAUGGAAAUUCUUUGUUUGGUGGGUUGGAUGAAGGGAAUACUAUGAAUGGAAUUGGUGGAAUUUAUCAAGAUAAUGGUGAUCAUCUUAUUCAUGGUAAUGGAGUUUUUGAGUUUAGUAAAAGUGAUGGUAAAGUGGGUAAAUGCCCUAAAACUUAUGUCACUGAAAGACAAAGAAGACAAAAUUUUAGUGACAAAUAUGAACUUCUUAGGAGCCUUGUUCCCAAUCAAACCAAGGGGGAUAGAGCUUCAAUAGUGUGGGAUGCAAUAAACCACAUAAAUGAGCUGAAAAGAACAGUAGGAGAACUAAAACUCUUAGUUGAGAAAAAAAGGAUGUCAAAGGAAAGAAUCAAAAGGCACAAGACUGAUCAUCAAGACACCCCUAGUGGUGGUGGGGACCAGCCCGGGAACGGCGCCGAUACAAUGGUAAAACCCGACCCGGAUGAGGAGUUUAACGGGUCAACAGCUAUCCAACUAAGAAGUUCAUGGAUUCAAAGGAAGUGCAAGGAUACAGAAGUAGAUGUUAGAAUUGUGGAUGAUGAUGUUACUAUUAAGCUUGUGCAGCGUAAAAAGAUCAAUUGUUUGCUUUCUGUGUCAAGAACUCUUGAUGAUCUUCAGUUGGAUUUGCGCCAUGUUGCUGGAGGCCAUGUUGGGGACUAUUACAGCUACCUCUUUAAUUCUAAGAUAUGUGAAGGAUCAUCAGUUUAUGCAAGUGCGAUUGCGAAUAAGCUGAUUGAAAUUGUGGAGAAACAGUAUGCUGCUGCUUCUGUUGCUGUUGCACCCACUACUAGUUUUUAGCUGAUUAGUGAUUAAUUAGUGAUUAAUUAGUGAUUAUGAACAAUUAAUAUAAUUGCGGAUACUAACUAACUUUCUUGACAUAAUUAUCUCAGCAACAGAUUUAGUUUGGUUUAUAUUAGCAU